AUUCUACAACCUCAAAUUCCUCGAUCAUGCUGAGAUUUUUAUCUCUAUUUCGUCGAACACCUUGCAUUCUCAGUGGCGACCUUAAAUUCAAGAUGAAUCGGCAAGUAUUUGCAUGAAGUACCCGACAGCAAUGGUCUUCCAAGCCCUGAACUCGAGCUCCGCUCCUUUACGCCAUUCCUUCCUUCCCCACCAUCAAACCCCUCUAUCAUUUCUCUGCCCGUCAUUGAAUGUUCCUGGAGGGUUCAGACCAUGCAAUGCUCGCUUUGGGCUGAGGAGAAAGAGGUCGAGUAUGACAGUGUCGGCUUCUUCCAAGCUCAGUUUGGGCUCUAACACGGACAGGAAGAGAAAAGUGGUGGAGCACAUAUGCCUACUCAAAGCAAAAGACAACAUACCUGAGAAGGAAGAGAACAAUAUGUUGGAUUAUCUAUACACAUCUCAAUACCAGAUGGGCGGCAUUGUAGCGAUAUCAUUAGGACAAAUUACGGACCAAAACAAUGAAAGAUAUACGCAUGCAGUCUUUAUGCGAUUCCAGAGGAAGGGAGACCUUCUGAAAUUCUAUGAGAACCCUUUCUACUUGAAGGUCCUCGAAAAACAUGUUAUGCCUCACUGCCAUGGAUUAAUCAAUGUCGAUUAUGAAGCCGAAGUGGAAGAUGAUAUGCUCCCCAUAUUUAGGAAAGGAGAGGAGUUCAAUUUCGGUGAGGAAUUUGUUCUUUUGAUCUCAUUCGUAGAUAGUGCCCUUGGGGGACCUGCAGAAGAUGCAUUGGCUUCUCUGCAGAAGUUGACUAAGGAAUUCCCAUCUCUAAUAGUUCAAUUGACUCAAGGUCUAAACUUCCAUCCAAGUAACAAGGAAUUCACACAUGGGAUCGUAAUACGAUUUCGGUCAAAUGUGGAGGUCCAAGUUUGAGCCGAUCACCCAGAAAACACUUGCUCUUCAUUUUUCAGUCAAUCCCAUUGGAACAGAGAUUAUGUAAAUUGGAGCGGCUGGUCUUUGAAUUGCCUUGAGUCCUCUUUUUUCGGCCGGAAAUUAAUAUGGCAAGCUUUCAGAUAUGUGUAAUUACUGUUAACCUUUUUCCCCUUGGAAUACAGAAGAACUAUUCUAAUUCCAUUGAACAUGAAUCUUAAGGGAGAAUUCAUCUAAUUCUUGCCAAAACUCUGCAUCUUCCUUUUCUGUUAAAUUUUUCAUCAACAUUUACUAAUUAAAAGCGGAGAAAAAUGGGCACUGAAGUGAUUCCACAUCCUUCAUUCUUCUAUUUCCUCUCAUAUAGAUUAUAUUACUGCUAGUUCUUAUCUUUUUUCAUCAUCCUUGAUGGAUUCGGAUGUCUAUUUGAGCCUACAAUAGAACUUGGAAGUACAUUCAGGAACCCUUUUGGCAUGAACAGGUUAUCUUUUGUUUGAAGUUCAAUUUUCCAUAUCUUAGUCAUGUUUCAGCGUUCUUGCCUGUUAUGGGUCAAGAUGAGCUCUCAUGUAGUCAUUCAUCUGAUGCACAAAAUUCUGCAAUGAAAGCAACAUCUUUUCUCUGGGUGAUACAUUAGUCAAACCAUCCCAAUCUCAAAGAUCUAGGUAGAGAAAAAAAUGGAUACAACUUACGAUAGGAUAAUGCGUUCCUUCUUUCUUGUCCUAUGAUGUGAUCUUCAGUUUAUUUUAACUUGCAAGCUUGAACUUUCUAUCUUAGGACCCAUGGAGCGAUCAAUCGGAAGAGGAGUAAGUUCUUAUUCGUCUCUGUUCCAUCUGCUUCCCGUCAUUUGCAUCUUCAUAUCCUUCCAAAUGCAUUAUUUGACAUCUCACGGUGACAAGGGGCAUCCAAUUAUUUUACUCGAAAAUAUCGGUUUGUUUUCUUUCCCCAUAUAUUUAAACUUCGUAAGAGCCAAGAAUGGUGCCCCACUGCUAAUAAAAUAGUACAACAAACACCAGUUUAGCUGUUCAUUGAUGUGCUUGGUUUUGACUUCUGUUAUAAACUACUACAGUUCUUUAACAUUAUUAAUUACAUUUUUUCUCGUCGGCGAUUAUCAUCCUUCAAUUCAUUGUAUUGUUCAACGAGAUUCCAUUUCUUUUAAGUUCAUUUUGUGUUUUGUUUUUCUCCAUGAGAAAGAAGUGUUUCGCAUAAUGUGUUCUUGUGCAAGCGUUUCAAUUUCCAGUGCAGGGGCGCAUCACAUUGUGGACAAAUUUCGCCCGAGUUUCUCUGUGCAUAUAUCGAUGAAUAUUCGUAUUCUAUGAUCUGUACCGAACUUUUCUUUUUUAAGAGCACAAUCGGCUAAUAUUUCGCUUUCAACAUAUCUAUCAUACAUCUUUUACAGGGAGAACAAAACAGAUGAAAAUUAUGCUGCCAGGUGCUAUGAGCUGCAAAACUUUGUAUUGUAUACGUGACACCAUUGUUGUCUCCGGCCGAGUCCGGUGACCAUCAUCAGUUGUGAAGCGGGUUCGGCCCGCCGGGAACUGUCCGCUUAGAAACUCCGUAAACGGGAUCGGUCUCGGCACCUUUCUCGUUGUCUCCGUCUCUCGUCGUUCCCGGGGUUUUCGCCGGGAAUUGAUGUCCGAAUCUGGAAUUAUACUCAGCUGUCGGCGACUCAUGAGAUCCUUCGAUGCUUCUGCCAAUACUUCUGCAACUAGAGAGGCGAGGACAGACUAUUAAGAAGGUGAUCAAGAUUAGAAAUGGGAGUCUGAGGCUGAGCCUGAGAUCAUUGUUUCUUCUUCCCAUGACUCUAUAAUAUUGCUGAGGACGGAGGGCAAGAAAAAUGAAUGAUGACACUGAGUUGCAGAGGAAGUCUUUCGUUUGGAUUGAUGCAAGGAGAGAGGAGAGCAUGAAAGUCCUCUUAAGUAUGGGAUCAGGCAAACCUGUGGUUAAGAAAAUGCCAAAAGACUUCAUUUAGUGCCGUCUAAAUGACCUAAAUGCCAUCAAUUGAAACUAGAGGAGUAUGGACCUGCUUUACACAUGGGAGCAUAAAAGAUGAUAAAAAAAAAGAAUUUAUCUAAAUAAUAGUAUCAGGAGGAAGAAACUUAUUUAACGUUAAAAAUAAAUAAUAAUGAUUGGUUAUAGAUUAUUAAAUUAGAUUCAAUUUCACCCAAUAUUAUUAGAUUCGAUAUAGAACAAAUUAAAAAGAAAAAGAAAAAAAAAAAAGGAACCGGUUCCAAAGGGGAUGGGCAAUUUCCAUAUAGUUUUAGGGAGAACCUGCAGGAGUGUAUAUAAGGGAAGUUAUAGGAGAGAGGUAGUAAAACAAUUAAAAGGUUUAUAUUGUCUUUAUAGUUUUUUUUAUUGAUUUAAGUAAUUUUUGUAAAGAAUAAAAUUGAAAAAUAAAAGUUAAUUUUCUUAUUUUUUACUUUA